AUGAACAGCGAUUUCAUGUUCGAUAUAGACGGAAUGCUGAAAUCCAUCGAUAACGCCGAUGUGAUAUCCAUAUUCUUUCCGUCGUUUCGCAAGGCGCUAGUGGUUGAUCCGCGUAGCAAUGACAGGCAUAGCGCGUUGGUGCAAAUAGCGCCGAUGGCGGCGUCUCCCCAGGAGCGUCUCCGGCUGAUCCGCCGUCAGCGACCAGGACUGCCAAGGGUGCGCAAUCUUGCUGUAAUCCCAUGGACGCGCUAUGUGGACAGCCUUGUCAGUCUCGGGCUGUGGGACAAGGUUAUCAAGCGGUUGGAGGACGGAGGAGAGGACGAGGCGAUAGGUCAAUGCGAGCGGGCCUUGGAUGAACUCCGCGAGAUGGAGCGUAUAGAGUUGGUCAACGCCAUCACAGGGAAGAACUACCAGACUAUCUGGACGGCGCCUGGUGACUGA